UGUGGUGAUUAUGGUGAAUUGAGUAACAUGAUUUUCCAUAUAAUAUGUAUAAUAGUAAUGUAAUGUGCAAGUUUUUUACAGGUUCGUGGUGUAAAAAAAAGGCUGGAGAGCGCUGGUGUACUGUAAAUGGUUGAAAUGGAGGUAAAAAGCCGACUUGACUUGACUUGACCUGAGUAGUGCACACUACGCGGAACACUUAGUGGAACACGGCCCUCGUCAGGCGUCUCCAAGGAUACAGUUUGUGCUUGUCUUUACAGCUCCACCCACAGAGCAACACAACUGCUCGACCUGCUGGAUCUGAUACACUACACUGAUACACUACACUGCCUUUCACAUUUAAAAAUGAAUCAUUUCAGCUGAAAAUCUCCACCGCUUCCCUAAACAUAAAGCAGAGAGCCGGAGCUGAGGAAACACAGCUGGCCAGAGUGCUCAGUCAGCAUCAUCCCCUCCUUAUAACCUCAAACCAUGCCGAGCUCCCCAACCUCUCCUUCCUGGAGUUCCUCGAUUCCCAUACAGCCGUUCCACUUCCGGCUCCGUGUUGAGCUGAUUGACUGGCGGCGAAUGGCAGCGCUGGACGUGGACCGUGUGGAGAGAGAAACAAACAUAAGUGUGCUUCAGGAGUUCAUCAGUGCUGUGACUUUCUGUGCUGUGGAGGGCGAGCGGUGUCCUCAGUGUCGCUGUCCAACUGACACAACGCUGUUAAAAGUUCUGCGCAUGUCACAGCUCAGCACCGAGUACUUGCUGCACUGCCAGGACUAUUUGAGCUCACAGGUGGCAGCGCUGGAGGAGCGGCUGCAGGGGGCAUUGUCUCAGGCACUGCGUGAGGAAGAGGAGCGAGCACGACUCGAGAAAGAGCUGCAGGAAGUCAGGCUAGAGAGCCGACGCAGGAAGAAACUCAUCGCCACUCAACAGCUCCUUCUGCAGUCUAGUGCCAAUAAUUACCACAAGUGCCAGUUCUGUGAAAAGUGUUUCGUCAAUUAUUCUUACUUACAGUCUCAUGUACAGCGCAGGCACCCUGAGAUCACUGAUACAGAAAGACAAAAGAAGAUGCAGGUAGAACAGAUGAAGGAUGGCUUGGAUGAGCUGAAGGAGAAACUAAGACUGACUCAGAUUCGACUCGAUGCAGACAGAGAGGCGGAUGCGUCUCGGAGACAGCAGGAACUGGAGGAGCAGCAGAGAAGAGUGGCAUCAGACCGUGAGAUAAUCGAAAGAUGCAAACAGGAGGAAAAGAGUUCAUUUCAAGAUGAAAUUGAUGGUCUGAGACAGUUUCUUCACCAUGAGUUUCAGCACAUAAAAAACAAGAGCAUCUCCAUAGAGGCUAAACUGGAAGAGCUGGAAAGCAGAGAGAGAAACAUGUCUAAUCCUGGAGAUGAGGAUGAAAUUGAGAAAGAACGAAGGAGGAUCAGAGAGAGAGAGCUGAAGGAGCAGAUGAUUCUGAUGAAGAAUAAAUGGUGGAAGAAAAUUAAAGAGCUGCAGAACAGACACCAGCAGGAGAAAAAGGAGCUGGAAAGUGAAAAUGUCAGGCUGCAGAAGGCCUUGUCUGUGGAGGAAAGCACUAGUUCUAGUGUGCACUUGCUGAAGCAGCAGGUUCUCUCUCUCUCUUCUCAGCUCAGAGAGAGAGACACACUCAUCCACUCUCAGAAAAAGAAGCUAAAGAAGCUGAUGUCCAGAUCGUUGUCAGAGCCUCUUCCAAAAAUGGCUGCUCAGAACUCUCCAGACGAAGACGUAGAUGACGAAAAGGAAGACAUUAAGGAAUUAUUGGCAGCCCGAGUGGAACCUUUAAGAGGAACCAGAGUGCGAAAGAAUUUCAGAUCUAUUGUGAAGAAGGAACUUCAGAAGAGGCUGGAGAAUAUGGGAAUAAGAAAGGGCACUAAGGGAAUCUCUACACAGACCCUGAGGAGUCUAAUCUAUGAGCGAGGACAGACAUUUCAGAGUCAGCCACACUUACAUGUUUUGAGGAACAACUUUGAGGUCCAGCUAAAUCAAAGAGUGAAGGAGAUGCAGAGGAACAAGGGAAAGUCUUCACCUAAGACGAAAGGGCUACCGAGAAAAAUGCUUCGUAGUCCAGUCAUUGAGCACAGCCCUAGACGCAAACAGUUCAGCCUCAAAAACUCCGCACAGAAACGUCAGAUUCAUGAGCCCCCUACAGCUGCACCACGCUCCAAAGCUCCUUUAAUCACACCGAUUCUACCAGCACAGCAAAAGAAGAGCAGUACUCCACCCUUCAGCUCAGAAGAGGAGGAGGAUGAUGAGUCAGGCGAGGACAGCGCCUACAUCACUAGCUCCCGGGACAGACCGUCCACCUCUGUCCACCUCACACCAACAAAGGAACAGCAGAAAGCCGGACAUGAUCUUAACUGGUCAGACAGUGAUGACUCAGAUGAAUCAGACACACAAAAACCAAAGCAGGCUUUUAGUAAACAUGGUUCAGUUGUACAAACACUGACUAAGAGUUUAGAAAAGCAGCUGAGCAGCAGCAUCACAAACCCUGUAGGAGGAAUACGAGUCCUGCCUCCAGCCUCCCAGCCCUCACCAAGACCCUCCUUCAUCAAACAACAGGCAGUGUCCGAAGAAGAGAGUGAUUUGGACUUGUCUUCCAUUGAGGAGCUCACUGCUCCACCAACAGCUGGGCACAGGAGCUCAGAUGUGGGUGUGACCUCAGGCACUAGUGUAUGGAGCUCGGCUGCCAGCAGAGCAGGAGCGUGGUGAAGUGCUUACUCUUAAAUGAAAUCUGCAGUUAGUAUUGUCAUAUAACGUCUUAAAACCAUCACUUACCACCUUUUAUUAGCACUUUCAUACACAUGUUAUACUGUUCAACAUGGAAAUGUGACUUAGAUUAUAAUUUAAUUAUAUCUAAGUUCAAUUAAAUUAAAAGCGCCAUGUUUCUAUUGCAAUCAAAUAAUAAGAAAAAUAUUCCUUGAUUUAAUCUUAAAAGAGCUCUCUGUCCGCAGAAUAAAAAAGUAUAAAGUAGCUAAAUAUUUAACUAAUAAUAAUAAUAUUUUUUAUUAAUAAAUAAUAACAAUCUAAUUACAAUUGUUUGUAAUUAAUGUUUUAUCAAUUAUAAUAAUCAUCAUUAUAAGAACUAUAUUUAGAUCUUUUAGUGUUUCUAAUUCGGCUGUUUGCAUGCACACACUAUAUGGACAAUUGCAUUUAUACAGUAACACCCCCCACUCUUCUGGUAGGAUGUCUCACUAGAUUUUGGAGUGUUUUUAUUGUGGAGUUUUGUACUCUUUCAGCCACAAAAGAUUGAGUAAAGUCAGCUACUGAUGUUCUGUAGGGUGAGGAGGCCUGGUGUGCGUUUACCAAUCCUGUUCAUCCCAAAGGUGUUCAGUGGGGUUGAGAUCAGAGCUCUGUAGCAGGCUACUCACUCUAACCCAUGUAAACCCAUGUAUUUUUAUGAAGCUGGGUUGCUACCACAUCCAAAGAUAUUCUAUAUAAUUGUGUGCUUCUAAUGUUUGUAGUUACAGUUAGAGAAUGUGUUUGCUGAAAUCAAGGUGAGUAUGUAAAUUCUGUUAUAAUCCUAAUGUUUUUUAAUGUAUAAAAUCUUAUUCUUAAGGCUAAAAAGAAUAAUUUGAUACAGGAGACAUUACAAAUACAAAUUAAGGAUAUAGACAGUUAAAAUUGAAAAGCUAAACCUGAAGUUUUUGUUUAUUUAAGCAGCACGGCUAUGAAUUGGGUAUAGGCAUAAGGCUGCGGGUUAUCACAGCCAUGUUUAUAUUCACUACAGCACGAUUGUAAGGCAGAUAUUGCUUUGAAAAAUUGUUUUUUUUAACUGUUACUUCUGAUACACUACCGCAAAAUAUUUUGUUUUGUUUUGCUCUGUUAUUCCCAAAAUAUCCACAGCUGGAUAGUGCUUUCUGAAAUUUUUCUGAGAAUCCUAAAAAACAAUGUAUUGAUGCUAAAAUAGAGGUGAUUUGUUCCAUGCUUUUAGGGGGUGUUAUUAGACUUUUUGCUGCAUUUUAAAAUCUGUUGACAUUUUAAUAUAAUCCAGUAAUAGUACAAUAAUAUACAAAAAUAAUAUAUUAAAAAACAGGGUUGGAAUGUUGUGUCUGACAAAACAUUAGUGUGUGAAUGUGUUGUGUGGUGUGAGCUGUUUCUGUAAUCAGGGAUUUUAUGUUUUUAUUUUUUUUAGCUUGAUCUAUAAAGUCAACUAGACUACCUUAUUUUCCGGACUAUAAGCCGCUACUUUUUUCCCACGCUUUGAACCCCGUGGCUUAAACAACGAUGCGGCUAAUUUAUGGAUUUUCUGGGUUUUUCCCAGUUUC